ACAUCACUCCAUUUCUGGGGACCGGGUCUUCAUGUCUGGCCAGGAAGGUGGCAACAAGAAGCCCCUGAAACCACCCAAGAAGCAGGUCAAGGAUAUGGAUGAGGAGGAUGAGUUUUUCAAGCAAAAACAGAAAGAUAACCAGAAGAAAAUUGAGCUGAAAGUGAACUCUGAAGGGAAGGGUCCCUUGGCCACAGGUGGAAUUAAGAAAUCUGGCAAAAAGUAAGCUGCUCCUUGCAACUGAAGUGAUGCUGCCCUCGACCCCACGUGUAUCCGAACAACUGCAUUCCUGGCU